AAGUCAGCCACACAAGCCGUACGUAAAACCUAUUGACGUCGAGCCAAGCCCUCGGGUUAGGUUGUCGUGCAUCCCCUCUGAGGCCAUCAACCAAGGUCGAGGCCGUGGAACACAACAUGCACUUUGGUGCUUCGGCAGACGUGCAUUGUCUCUGGUCUUGACGGCUGGGGUUACCUGGGUCUCCCCGCUAUGACUUAAGGAGGCGGACUCCCUGGCCUCCCGCGACAACUCUCUGCCUUUAUGAGAGGGAAAAGCAACCUUCAUGUCAGCCAGAUCUUCGACUCCGGUGUUCACGCCAACUGAGAGCGACACUCACGGGUUUGCCAUGGCACAAUGUGGUAUACCAAGAUCCUGGUCAGAUGGAGGACGAUUUCACCAGACUCGCUCCCAGCCGCAGAUCGGGAAGAGUAUUAGGUUUGGCAGUUUCAACGACAGACGACGAGCAAGAAUUCCGAAUCUGAAGCGGUGGGACGGCGCCUCUAGGACCUCCCAACCUUGGGACUGCUUAGGGAAAAGAGACCCGGAGCUAUGGCAUCGCAAGGGCAAUUGCUUGAUAUAUCUCUAUGGCCGUGGCCAGUCGAGUCGGGGCCCUUCGUUCAAAGUGCCGUUCAACACCCUGCUUGCAACGCAAUGCCAGCCCCUUAUCGCAAGAUGUAUCAGACGGGAUGUCCCAGAAACUUUAGACACCGAAGCCACCCAGAUCGAGCUCUACAUUCCUGCUCCGCCUACGGCAACCGAAGAAGAGGCCAUUCGUCAUUACCUGGAUACUCGCAAUUUCUUUGCCUGGAUUUUCCGGAGAUCCAUGGUAGGGGAACAUCUUGGAGCAACCCUUAUCCGUCUUUUACACACCAUGACUGAGCUCCGAUGCCUCGGGGUAAACAAUGCGGACGACCUGUUGAGUUACGCCGACGAAGAAGGUUAUCUGGAAAUGUGCAACCAACCAGCACACACCUUAGGUGUGCUUCACUUUGCAGAGUACUGUCAACAUCGCAGGCUCUACAUCGAGGCAUUCACUCACUGUACCGGAAUGUUCGAAGAGCUAUACAGUGUCCCCGAAUAUCAGGUUAUCACUUCCGCAACUCGAAGGCUGCUCCGUCAAGCAAAAGCUGAAAUGGAUGAGAGACUUGGACAAGCUACAUUGAUGUUGCAAACCUUUCUGGAGGAGGAUCUAUCCCAGGCUCAUCUAGGACUGACGGUCGGCGGACGGUCCCAUCUUGAGCGUUUCCGAACCUUCCUCCAUGCUUAUUUCGCCACCAAGAUCGGAUACUACCCACCAACGUCAAUCGACCAGCGGUACUUGAUAUAUCCUCCCGCGAUAUAUCGAACGAUGCGAGAUGACAUCGAAGCUUUAUACGAACUCUUGGUAGACAACACAUAUACCCCGUCAGAAAGCAUACCAGCCUCUGCUCAAGGGGGACUGUGUACUCUGCAGUGUGUUCAUGGCUUUGACGCACGGAAUAAGUACUCUCCGCUUCCUCAUCCUCUGCCUUUACUGCCGGAAUUACCUACCACCAGCGCAUCUCGAAGAACCUCCUGGCUCCAUAAACCCGACAAACUGAAGCCAGACCAACGGGUGGUUGCACAUGCAGCACUGGCGAAAGCAUCUAACAGAACCAAGGCCGCCAUAUCCAGGAAUCCACUUGUCAUUGCAUAUCAAAGAUAUGAAGAAGAUUGCGUGUUCUCGCAUCUCAAGAUCGAUAGACAAGAGAAAAUUUCGCAAGUUGACGCGCGGAAGGUUCGAUGGAUACUCGUAUAUGCUAUCUAUCAAGUAUUACGAGCCUGCACACAGGCCCCUUUGGAGCGCCAGGAUGUUGGAAAUGCUUACUACAACAUGGCCGUUAGUACCGAAAAUUUACCGCCUUGGGAUGGGGACGACUAUGAGUCAAGCUUCAGCAUUCGAUUCCCAAGGGGAACAAGACAAGAGGGUCAUGCGUUUUCCAAGUCGCUGCCAAACUUCUCACUUCCCACGCCCCUCAUUCUGUCAUCAUUUCCGGCGGUGUUUGCCUACGGCGAAGACAGAAAAAUCAGGCCGGAUAUCGACCACUUCGCAUUGAUACAUGCUAGGACGCCUAGUGGGAUCGCAGCAGACCCCAGACCAACGUCCCCGCCCAUUGUUCCAACUCGAGUUCACAGUCUCACCAGGAGUAUCAGUCAUUCUUUCAAGGCCUUCACUGGGACCCGACCAGUAGAGCAAGAGUCCACUUCACCCAGUCGGAGCAGGCGUGCUUCGUACCACGAAAUCGUAAUCCAAGGGUAUGGGAAUGGGACCAACGAUGUCCACCCCAGCAAUAGCGAGCCAACGCUAGACAACGUGCCGCCUCAGUCCUUUGCCGACGUCACGAAGGCAUCCGAUACCCGAAUCCCAGAACAGGGUAUCAGGACGCAAGGUAUUACGCUCCGCUCACCAUCGACCGCAUCCACAUCAUCCAAUAACACUACCGGAUCUAGUACGACAAGCAGGGAGACGGCUGUUUCUGCGUCUUCGACAGCGCCGAGCUUCUGCAGCUCACCAACAUCACCAAAAACCCUAAUGACUGGAGAUGAACUGGUGCGCGGUAUGCCACUAGGAAGCAAUGAUAUGGCACCUCCGCUCCCUCGCAGAAGCAGUCGACGGAGACCGAGCGAGUGCCAACCUGAUCCUCUGAGAAUCCGGAAAACUCAGUCAACAACCUCCCUUGAUAUUUCUGGAAGGGACGACAAUGAGGCCAAGUGCUUGUCUACACAUGAGACGAGUAACGAUCCAUGGGCACAGUAUGCAGAUGUGGGUGGGCUGAGGGACUUGGAGGUGAAGGUUCCAGUGUGACCCCUCACGGGUAAGGCU